GCCCCUCAACCUAUCGAAUCGUGGCAAGGAAUAAAGGAUGCAACUUCCAUUGGAAACUGCAGUCGUCAAAGAGAUAUAAUGGUUAGUCCAGAUGUGGAAGGAAGUGAGGAUUGUUUGAAUCUCAAUGUCUUCACCAAAACGCUUCCAGAACAAGAUUCCACUCUGAAACCUGUAAUGGUAUGGAUCCAUGGAGGAGGAUUUUUUUUGGGUUCAAAUAGUACAAAACUUUACGGCCCUGAAUAUAUAAUUACGAAAGAUGUCGUGCUUGUGACUAUCAACUAUCGUCUAGGAUUCUGUGGCUUUCUCACUUUGAAAGAUUCUUCAUUGGAAGUACCUGGAAAUGCUGGAUUGAAGGAUCAAGUGUUGGCACUGAAGUGGGUGCAAAGAAACAUAAAACACUUCAAUGGCGAUCCAAAUAAUGUCACUAUUUUCGGUGAAAGUGCUGGAGCUGCUUCGGUUCAUUAUCUCAUUUUAUCACCCUCAGCAAAUGGUCUUUUUCACAAAGCCAUCUUACAAAGUGGGGCUGUCUUAAAUUCUUGGACUAGGUCGAACUUCGAUAUCUUUGAUCUCAUGAAAUUUAUUGGAAGAGAAGUAAAUGAUGGGAAAGAAGCCUUGGAAAUUUUGAAAGCAAUGUCCGAGGAGGACUUAUAUAUUUUACAGGAGGACUAUUUGAAUACAAAACCUCCAGGCGGAAGUAUAGGGCCCGUGAUUGAAAAACCCAACCCAACAGCCUUCCUGACAAAAAAUCCAUUUGAGAUAAUGAUUUCUGGGGAUUACAACAAAGUUCCAAUGAUAAUGGGCUAUACUUCAAAUGAGGGUUUGUUGUUCUCAUUCGCAAAUAAGUUGUUCGGAAGAGAAGGUCGUGAGUCAUCAGAAAAACCGAGUUUGGAAGAUUUCAUUCACCCAGAAAUGAAAAUAGAGAAGGGAUGCCCUACAAGCAAAGUUAUAUGCAAAAAAUUGGAAGAAUAUUACUCCCAGGAAGAGAACGCCAAGAAUCCAUUUAUGUUGCAUUCGGAUUAUUUUUUCGUCGCAGGAAUUGUAGGUUCCGCGAAAAUUCACUCAAAAACUUCGCAAGAACCAGUUUACCUCUAUAGGAUGUCUGUGGAGACUAAUUUGAACCUGAUGAAAAGAAUAUUUGAACUGUAUGGUUUACCAGGUGUAAGCCAUGCUGAUGAUCUUGGAUAUUUGUUCAAAUAUUCAGUUUCUCCUGAUGUUGAAAUGGGAGAGCUUGAAACAAAGGCUAUGCAGCGAUUCUUGAACAUGUGGACCAAUUUUGCCAAAUACGGCAAUCCAACCCCUGAAGGAACCGAUUUAAAUAUUAUAUGGAAACCUGUUGAAGAAGAUUCCGUGAAUUUUUUGGAUAUUGGAAGCGAGCUUACGAUGCAAACAAAUCCAGAAUCAGAACGAAUGACAUUGUGGAAAGAUAUCUUUCAGCUCAGCCCUGCCACAGCAAAAUAUUUAUAAAGAAUACGAUAUUUUAUUAUAUAAUACUCAUUCUCUGUUAUGAAUAAAAAUUCAGAAUAUCGA